GACGACACUCCCAAUGCCUGCUACACCGACAUAUCGCCGGAAGAUCUGAGGGAGGCCCAAGGCUAUGGCGACUUGAUGGGUGUCAAAGCGCAGGCUAUAUUGAAUCGUGCUCGCACUCCUGUGGACGUUUCUCCAAUCUCCCGGAUUGCAAAAGAUGAUCUCGGCUUGUUGGUUCAACCAAAGAGGGCUCGGUUCAAGACUGCACUGGCCCAGAUCUACGUGCGCAGCCAGCCGUACGGUGGUUCCGACAAGAGCUCAAACGGCCACCGAUACGACUCCAUCCCCUUUGCCAACGGCAUGAUCAGUGCAGGCAUGAGUUGCCAGCUGAUUCACUAUGCGAAAGCCAUCCUGAGCCGGGCGAAGGGCGGUUUGGGGAAGCGCACGCCGGGCGUCUUCAAGAUCGUCUUCCUGCGACACGGGGAGAGUGACUGGAAUGUGAAGAACAUCUUCACGGGCUGGGCGGACGUGGACCUCAGCGAGCGCGGCCGCUGCGAGGCUGUAGAAGCGGGGCGGAUGCUGCUGGACGAGGGCUUCCGCUUCGACAUCGUCUUCACGCCGGGGGCCCCUGCACAGAGCCCCAGGUCGGUGCUUCGCCGGGACCCAAAAAGCCGAGCGGUGCGCACGGCCUGGACGGCCCUCGCGGAGUCUGGGAAUUUUGCCAUGCCCGUCAUCAACUCCUGGAGGCUGAAUGAGCGGCACUAUGGCGGCUUGCAGGGCUUGAACAAGGCGGAGACCGCCGCCAAGCAUGGCGAGAAGCAGGUGAAGAUCUGGCGGAGGAGCUACGACAUCCCGCCGCCGGCAAUCAGUGCCUCAGACCCGCGACAUCCCUCCAACGACCCCAUGUACCGCAACGUUCCCAAGACAGCCUUGCCUGGAGCAGAGUCCUUGUCGAUGACAGUGGACCGGGUGAUGCCUUUUUGGAACGACACCAUCGCGCCUUGCGUCAUGGCCGGGAAGAAUGUCCUCGUUGCAGCUCAUGGAAAUUCCUUGAGGGCGAUAUGCAAAUACUUGGAGGCCUCUCUGCCUAGCGCGGUAAUGGACUUCAACAUUCCAACGGGUGUUCCGCUUGUCUACGAGUUGGAUGCGAACCUGCGAGUCAUGCAAAAGUACUACCUCUUGGAUGAUGCCGCGGUGAAGGCCAAGAUCGAGGGAGUGGCGAACCAGGGCAAGGCGGGCUGA